CUCCUACUCGCGCUGCCAUCUGUGCUGCGCGCGCCGCCGUCUGCUCUUCUUCGUCUCGUCUGCUCCAUCGUCUAGAUCGCGCGUGCGUGCUGCUCUCUGCUUCUCGCACGUAGAUCUGCUGCUUGCUUGCGUCUGCGAGCAGCACAUCCUCUGCGGCCGUGCGUGUCCGUGCCCGUGUCUGUGCGCACAGCCGAGUCCGCCGCCGGCUGACGCUGCGCAUCCCUGUCACGCAGCAGUCUCUGGCUGCGCUUCGCUGCUGCAUCUGCGCUCAGCGCGCCCGUCGCGCUUACGCCGCCUGCCUCGCGCUCUCUGCCUGUUGCCGCGAGACCAUGCACUUGGAAGUCCGCGACAUCGAGCCAUCAUCCUCUCCGCCGCCGCUGCCUAGCAACCCACUCCUCGUCUUUCGCCCAGCCCGCGCAGCCGACAUCACAUGUUCGGCUCGCCCGCUCCUUCGCCGUCGCCCUCUCCGGGCCCGGCCUUUCUCUAUCAGGGCGGUGGCUCGCACCACCAUCCUUCCGGCAGCCUCUCGUCGGGCGGCGGCAGCGCCUCCAACGGCGGGCCGGGUCCCUCGGGCCUCGGUAGCCUCGGAAACUCGUCGCCCUUCUCCAACGGUCCCGGUCCGGGCUCUGGCUUCCCGCCUCUAGGCCGCUUCCCGCCCUCGGGCCUGGCGUGGGGCGGUGGGGCGCGGCACCACGGCGGGCCUGGCGGCUCGGGCGCCGGCGGCAGCCAUGCCGCCAACGCCUCCCUCUCCUCGCUCGGCGGCAGCAUGGGCGGCGGGCCCGGCAGCGGCAACGGCAGUGCGGCGCCCUCCAGCCCCGCGUACGGCCAGAUGGGCGGCCACCACGGCCACCACCACGGCCACGUCGGCCCGCACGGCCACUCGGGGCUCGGACACAUGAACAGCCCGGGCCCGCUGCACGGCGGCGGCAACUCGCACAUGAACAGCAGCAACUCGUCCGCAGCCGCCAACGCCAGCCCGCACUGGCAGCAGCAGCUGGUCAAGGCAGAGAUCUCGCGGCAAUCUGCGUCUCCGCACCACCACGCUCGCGCUGCAGCACUGGCUGCGCGCAGCGCGACGAGCGCCGCCGUGGCCAUCCACGACCCGAACAAGGGCAUCCGCAUCCCGCAGACGGCUGCGAACGGCCUGCAUCUGCCUAGUAAGCGGGAAAACGGCGAUGCAAACGGCGAGGACGGCCUGGGCCCGAACGGCGAGGCGACGGCCAACGGGCGGGGCGCCAAGGACAGCGCCGAGAAGAGCAGCUCGGGGCAGUCGUGGACGACGAUCGACAUGGGCGGCCUUGGCCUCAAGACGCUCGCCAAGGAGGUGUACCGCUACUCCUUCCUCACGUCGCUCUUUGUCAACCACAACGCGCUCUCGACGCUCUCGCCGGCGAUCCUCGAGCUGAAGAACCUGACGGUGCUCGAUGCCUCGGGCAACAAGCUCGUCUCGCUGCCGGCAGAGCUGGGCAUGCUGACGCAGCUGCGCGAGCUCUUCCUCUUCGACAACCUGCUCGUGACGCUGCCGCCGGAGAUGGGCGCGCUGCACCAGCUCGAGCUGCUGGGCAUCGAGGGCAACCCGCUGAGCGAAAAUCUGCGCUCGCUGGUGCAGCGCGACGGCACAUCGGCGCUCAUCUCGUACCUGCGAGAUUCCUGCCCCGUGCCGCUGCCGCCGCCGGAGCGCGAGUGGGUCAACAUCGACGCCGACCUGCCCCCGCCGCCGCCGGCACCGGCAGACGGCAGCGACGCGCCGCCCGAGGCGCCGCCAGAGACGUUCAACCUGCUCUGCUACAACGUGCUGUGCGAGAAGUACGCGACGGCGCACAUGUACGGCUACACGCCGUCGUGGGCGCUGGCGUGGGAGUACCGCAAGGAGUUCAUCUUGCAGGAGGUGAUGAGCUACUCGGCCGACAUCUGCUGUCUGCAGGAGGUGGAUGCGGAGCAGUACGAGGACUACUUCCUGCACCACCUCUCGCAGCAGGAGUACGAGGGCGUGUACUGGCCCAAGUCGCGCGCGCGCACGAUGCGCGACGAGGAGCGGCGGCGCGUCGACGGCUGCGCCACGUUCUUCAAGGCGAGCAAGUACGCGCUCAUCGAGAAGCAGCUCAUCGAGUUCAACCAGAUUGCGCUGCAGCGGCCCGACUUUAAGAAGACGGAGGACAUGUUCAACCGCGUCAUGACGAAGGACAACAUCGCCGUCGUGGCGCUGCUGGAGAACCGCGAGUCGGGCUCGCGCCUCAUCGUCGCCAACGCGCACAUCCACUGGGACCCCGAGUACCGCGACGUCAAGCUCGUGCAGGUGGCCAUGCUGAUGGACGAGCUGGAGAAGAUUGGCGCGCGCUUUGCCAAGUUCCCCGCCAAGCUCGACGUCGCCGAGGGCUUCCCGCCGGCGCCCAAGUACAACGACGGCAGCAAGAUUCCGACGAUCGUGUGCGGCGACUUCAACUCGGUGCCCGACUCGGGCGUGUACGAGUACCUGGCCGGCGGCGAGCUGCGCGGCGACCACCCGGACUUCAUGUCGCACAUCUACGGCAACUACACGGCCAACGGCCUCGGCCACGGCCUGCCGCUGAAGAGCGCCUACGCCAACAUCGGCGAGCUGCCGUUCACCAACUACACGCCCAACUUCGAGGGCGUCAUCGACUACAUCUGGUACAAUCAGAACGCACUCGCCGUCACGGGCCUGCUGGGCGACGUGGACAAGUCGUACCUCAACAAGGUCGUCGGCUUCCCCAAUGCCCACUUCCCGUCGGACCACAUCUGCAUCCUCAGCGAGUUCCGCGUCAAGCAUCCGCGCGACGGACCCGCGCCGCGGCAGGUCGACUUUGGCUCGGGCAAGGAGCGGCGGCACUGAGCCGGGCUGCGGCGGCGAGGCUUGCGCGCGCGCACACUCUUGUACAUAGCGGCCCACUCUCCGGUCUGCACCAGUCCUGCACUCUCGCCUCUCUCUCGCUCUCGCUCUCUCUCUCACUCUGCGCAUCAACUACACCCGCCUCCAAUCUGCUCUUCCGGUGCCUGCUCGCCAUUCCCUAGGGUUCCCUCCCUCUUCUUUCUCCCGUGUGACUCUCUUCUCUCUCAUGAACCUCGACGCGCGCUGCUUUCGGAGGGGCUUCUGGGCCCUCUCUUUCCCUCUCGCGCCCGUGACGUGCCGCCUCGACGCAUUUGUAUUAGCUACUCCAGCCAGACGCGGGACUGAACCAGGUCGACCCCCCUUAUCACCCACUCUUACCCCUCGUCGGCGCUCCGCCAGCAGCUGGUCGCUCGCGAGUCGCACGCCCCCCCC